AUGUCUGACACCCCAGUUCUGAUCGUUGGCGCUGGGAUCAGCGGACUUGUUUUGGCUCAGUACCUCCAGAGUCAAGAAGUGCGGUUUGAGAUCUUCGAGAGCGACUCCGCCCUUGAUGCUCGCACGGGCGGAUGGGGACUUACUCUGCAUUGGGCACUGCCUGCCCUGCGCGCGCUUCUCCCGCCACAGGUGGUGGAGCGUUUCCCGGAUACUUUUGUGAAUAAGGAGGCCUCUGCACGCGGGGACGUGGGGAGCUUUCAGUUUUUCAACCUUAAAUCUGGAGAGUCGCUGUUUAGUGUACCUGCAGAGGAGCGCAUUCGUGUGAAUCGGGGACGGCUGCGAGAGCUGCUCACCUCUGGAAUUGACGUUCGAUGGGAUAAGAAAUUGAAGAACAUUGAAUCAACUGCCGACAAUAUCACUGCUCAUUUCGAGGAUGGCUCAUCCUAUACCGGCCGCCUGUUGGUCGCGUCUGACGGAGCUCGAUCGCGCGCCCGCCAGAUCUUGUAUCCAGAUGGAUGCCAGAUGAAUUCACUCCCGGUACAGCUUCUGGGAGCGUCACCUCUGUACACUGCAGAGGAUAUGGGUGGAGCGCAGUCCAUCGACCCCUACAUCUUCCAAGGGUCGCAUCCUGAUACGAAUGUGUUUCUUUUCUUUAGUUUCCUGGAUACUCCCAACAACUUUGAUGAAAGCAGCAAGGACCGGUAUCAUGCUCAGAUCAUCGUCUCGUGGGCCGAUUCAAAGGGCAUCGCUGUGCCAAAGGAGAAUGCCGAACGCAUUGCCCUUAUGAAGCAACUGACUGAUAACUGGGCUGAACCAUUCCGAUCCCUGGUCCAAAAGCUUCCAGAGGACGCGGAAGCACGCUCUAUCCGUAUCGAAGACUGGAUGUUCACUCCCAGUCACACUCAUGAUCACCCUCGUGCAGUACUGAUGGGGGAUUCCGCGCAUACCAUGACCAUGUUCCGUGGUGAAGGUGCCAACAAUGCUAUUGUUGACGUUCAGGAUCUGAUCAAGCAUGUGGAUUUGAAGAACCCCGAAUCCUUCAACUCCGAUGCACUGUCAAGAUCCCUUGCCGCAUACAAAGAAGAUAUCUUCACUCGCGUUGAGCCUAGCUUCCUUAAUUCUCGCCAGGCAUGCCUAGAUGCCCAUGACUUUUCAAAGAUUCUGGCAGGAAGUCCACUUGUUGCAGCAAGAGUGCUGAAAAAGGAGAAAGAAUAA